GUGAUGGGCUGGACUGCUGAAAACGAAAGUAUAGUGCUCUACGAUCAGGCUUCAUUAUUUUCCAGUCGGCUGGCAGCGCCUGGAGUGGCAGGAAAUGGACCCAUCUAAGGAGGUAGCUGCCUCUGUGAAGGACAGGAUGCCAGCAGGGGAGGAGAGUGAAGAGCCGUCCAGCGAACUCCCCAGCACCUCUUCUGGAAUGUUGACCGAGUCUGUGGAGGAGCAUGAUCUUGAGACUAAAAUCUCUAUGCUGGAGAAGAAGCUGGGGUUCAUGAAGAAAUCCUUCAUGUUGGAUGUUCCAGCUCUGCUGCUGACCAGUCUGGAGGAGCUCACUGAAGAACAGCUGAAGAAAUUUCAGUCUAGUGGCAGCAUAUGUGUCUUUCCUCUCAUCCCAGAGAGCCAGCUGGAGAACACUGACAGACAGGACACAGUGGUUCAGAUGGUGAAGAGAUACGGCCCUGAGGGAGCUGUGAGGAACACAUUGAAGAUCCUGAGAAGGAUAAAGCGACAUGAUGUAGCACAGAAGUUAGAGAGAGAUCACACUAGAGCAGCAACAUGGCGGAGAGACUCAUCAGACAGUGAUACAUGGAGAAGGAGGAAGAAGCAUGAGGCAAUGAGAAAAAAGACACACAAAAAAAAGAAAAAAGAAAAAAGAUCCUUCAUGUUGGAUGUUCCAGCUCUGCUGCUGACCGGUCUGGAGGAGCUCACUGAAGAACAGCUGAAGAUAUUUCAGAUUUCCCUGACUACGGUCCAGCUACCUGACUUUCCUCCCAUCCCAGAGAGCCAGCUGGAGAACACUGACAGGCAGAACACAGUGGAUCAGAUGGUGAAGAGAUACGGCCCUGAGGGAGCUGUGAGGAACACAUGGAGGAUCCUGAGGAGGAUGAAUCUGGAUGAUCUGGCAGAGAAGUUAGAGAGAUAUUACAGUAGAGGUAUUCCCACUAAGGACUACAAGUCCUUAGUCCAUCCCAGGCCCAAAUCCUCCCUCUCCCACCUCUACAACGCAAUACACCACAGUCCCUCCAGCUCCUCCUCCAUCCUUCCCUCUGGCUCGUCUAAGGAGUUGCUGUCAUUAACUACUGGUAGCUCAGGACAGCUCAGCUCACAGAAAACAUUGGAUGGUCCAUCUCUGCUACUGACCUCUCUGGAGGAGAUGAACCCACACGAGCUGAAUAGGGCCUGGCUGCCUGGCUCUCCUCUCAUCCCAGAGAGCCAGCUGGAGAACACUGACAGACAGGUCACAGUGGAUCAGAUGAUGAAGAGAUACGACCCUGAGGAAGCUAUGAGGAUCCCAUUUGGGAACCUGAAGUGGAGGAAGCGAGUAGACCUAGCAGAGAAGUUAGAGCGAUAUCACACUAGAGGUAUUCCCACUAAGGACUACAAGUCCUUAGUCCAACCCAGGCCCUUCUACAGCUCAUUACCCACCCGUUUCUCCAGCUCCUCCUCCUUCCUUCCCUCUGGCUCGUCUAAGGAGUUGCUGUCAUUAACUACUGGUAGCUCAGGACAGCUCAGCUCACAGAGACACCAAAUAUUGGCUGUUCCAGCUCUGCUGCUGACCACUCUGGAGGAGCUCACUGAAGAACAGCUGAAGACAUUUCAGUUUUACCUGACUAGUGGCAGGAUGUUAGACUUUCCUCCCAUCCCAGAGAGACACCUGGAUAACACUGACAGACAGGUCACAGUGGAUCAGAUUGUGAAGAGAUACGACCAUGAGGGAGCUGUGAGGAACACACUGAAGAUCCUGAGGAGGAUGAAUCUGGAUGAUCUGGCAGAGAAGUUACAGAGAGAUCACAUUAGAGCUGUAUCUACAACAGAAACAAAAUGGUGGAGCGACUCAUCAGACACUGGCAAUGAUGAAGAGAGAGAGAAGAAACAUGUCCAUCUGUCUAGACGUUCUAGAGCCUUGGACAGAGAGGCAGCAGGCAGCAAAGACACUGGAAUCACAAAGGACAGAUAUGAGCUGGUCACGAAACCUACAGAGAAGAAAAUAGAAGCUCUGCUGCUGGCCACUCUGGAGGAGCUGAGCACAGACGAGCUGAAGAUAUUACAGCAGGAACUGACUCCAAGCAAACAGCUUCCACCUUACCUGACUGGCUUUCCUCCCAUCCCAAAAACUCAGCUGGAGAACAAUGACAGACAGGUCAUUGUGGAUCAGAUGCUGAAGAGGUACGGCCCUGAGGGAGUUGUGGAGAUCACACUGAGGAUCCUGAGGAGGAUGAACCGGGAAGAUCUGGCAGAGAAGUUUGAGAGAUAUCACGGUAGAGAUUCCAGCCCUGUCUUCUCCCAAGCCCUCUAUCCACCCAGUGUUGUCAUGGAGAAGCCUUCCAGGUUCCUUCCCUCCUCAGUACAGCACAGCUUACAGAGACCCCAGAUAUGGACUGUUCCAGCUCUGCUGCUGACCAGUCUGGAGGGACUCACUGAAGAACAGCUGAAAACAUUUCAGUCUAACCUGACUAGUGUCCAGCCGCUUGGCUUUCCUCCCAUCUCAGAGAGCCAGCUGGAGAACACUGACAGACCGGUCACAGUGGAUCAGAUGGUGAAGAGAUACGGCCCUGAGAGAGCUGUGGAGAUCACACUGAGGAUCCUGAGGGGGAUGAAGCGGGUAGACCUAGCAGAGAAGUUACAGAGAGAUCACACUAGAGCUGUAUCUACAACAGAAACAAAAUGGUGGAGCGACUCAUCAGACACUGGCAAUGAUGAAGAGAGAGAGAAGAAACAUGUCCAUCUGUCUAGAUGUUCUAGAGCCUUGGACAGAGAGGCAGCAGGCAGCAAAGACACUGGAAUCACAAAGGACAGAUAUGAGCUGGUCACGAAACCUACAGAGAAGAAAAUAGAAGCUCUGCUGCUGGCCACUCUGGAGGAGCUGAGCACAGACGAGCUGAAGAUAUUACAGCAGGAACUGACUCCAAGCAAACAGCUUCCACCUUACCUGACUGGCUUUCCUCCCAUCCCAAAAACUCAGCUGGAGAACAAUGAAAGACAGGUCAUAGUGGAUCAGAUGCUGAAGAGGUACGGCCCUGAGGGAGUUGUGGAGAUCACACUGAGGAUCCUGAGGAGGAUGAACCGGGAAGAUCUGGCAGAGAAGUUUGAGAGAUAUCACGGUAGAGGAAAGAAAAAGAGAACAAGUGAGGAACCAUCCUGGCCUGGUCUAGUUUCCAGGGGCGAAAAGAUUGAGGAGCAUUGUGUCCCAUUCCUUGGCAGAGCCCCGUUCCUCAUCAAACUUAAGAAAACCCCAAAGCUAGAGAUGGACUUUUCAACCAUCCCAGGGAGCCAACUGGAGAUGGCUAAUAGUCUCAACACAGAGGUAUCUGUGAACACCCAGGAGAACACCCAGAGGAUUGAUGAUGAGGAGUUGAGAAGUGAAAAUGAUUCUCCUCCCUUCCUGGAUCACCAUCACAUGAGUUCUCCAGAAGAAUUUACACCUGAAAUCCACGAUCAGGACAACAGGGGAGAAUACCGGUUCCAGUGCCCCAGUGCAGGUCUGUUCCAGUGCAGUAUAACAGGCCUGGUGUUCAGGAUGGAGGGAGAGGGAGAGGUGCUCUAUAGGACAGUGCACUGGGACAUGAGGCUUCUAUCCCAGAGAGGCAAGAGACCUGCAGGACCCCUGUUCAUGUUUACAUGCCUUAAGGGGUCUGUCUGUCAACUACACCUCCCCCACUGUGAGAUCUACAAUAGUGGUGGAUGUGACUUCCUGUCUGUAGCCCAUGUGACUGAUGAUGACAUCAUUGAGUUUCUCCCUCCUCUUGAGACAACAGAAACACAUGUCAUAAUAAACAUCAGUGGAUUCUCUGCUUAUGGUGAAGUCAAGGAUGAAGACUCUCCCACCGUUCCUAUAAGAGCACUUGUCUUGUUGUUCUACAAGCCCCCAGUUGUUCCUAAAAAGAGGUCCAUCCUGAAUGUGUUGUUGCUUCCCAGAAAUGUUGUGAUCAGGGAGGUGCAGGAGGAGUGGAAACGAAGGAAUGGAGACAAAUACAUCUAUAUUGAAACAAAUCCUCGCUGCCAACUAACUCCAAAUAAAGAAUACGAGCUCUUCACAGAUCUUACAGAUGAAUAUCUAAUUCAACCAAAGGAUGCAGAAUUUGUGGAUUUUGAAUCCUAUGAAAACUACUUCCCAACAUUUCAGUUGUUCAUACAAACUGUUGUUGAGCAAGUUAAUCUUCUUCUGAAAGACAAUGGUGGUGAAGAAUCUGUCUGGGAUAGACUUGUCUGGCUUCCAGCCUCACCAACAGAUGUCCCCUCUACAGUUUCAGCUGUUUCCCCUGCAGACCCUCCUGCCAACCCCUCUGCCCCCCCUGGUAGAGCCUUCAUCAGAAGACACAGGAUGGCUCUAGAGACUCGCCUGGGACUGUUACAGCCCAUAUUCCUGCGUCUCCAGUAUCAUGGAGUUCUGAUUCACGAGGAGAGGGAGGAGGUGGUCAGUAAAUCCACCAAGACCCUACAGAACCAAACCCUGCUGGACAUGGUGGUAAAGAAGGGGGCUCGCGCCCAGGAACACUUCUACCAGGUCCUGAAGGAAGUAGAUCCCUGCCUGGUCGAAGACCUGGAAGAGCAGACAGUCUGAGAGGUAACCAUGGAUACAACAGCAUCAGGAUAUAUUAUAUCACUAUACUAAUACAUGCUCUGAAAGAGACAGACAGUCUGAGACAGGUAGCCAUGGAUACAACCUCACAACCUCAGAAGAUAUCAAAACAUUUAACAGAGACAGAGAGCAGCAAUUUGAGGAGGAGCCAUCCUGACCAGAGGUGGUUGGUGUGUAACGUGAUUGGACACCAUUCUCACCAGCACUCCCAUCAGUCUGUAGUUUACUAUACAAGCCCCAGGUCUCAGGCAAGAUGACAUCACUGUGAGGCUACUGUCUACCAGACAACCUACCUGUGUUACUCUGGUACACUGGCUAUAAACAACAAGAUUUUAGAAUUUCUAUCUGGAACAUGGUGAAUGUUGAAUCAUCUUGGACAGGACUCAGACAAAAACAUGUGAGACUUAACAUCUACCAGACAACUGACUCGUACUGGACAGCUGUACUGGCUGAACACAAGAUAUAUCUCUGUUUAGAAAUAGUGUAUACAGUGGGGCAAAAAAAGUAUUUAGUCAGCCACCAAUUGUGCAAGUUCUCCCACUUAAAAAGAUGAGAGAGGCCUGUAAUUUUCAUCAUAGGUACACUUCAACUAUGACAGACAAAAUGAGAGAAAAAAAAUCCAGAAAAUCACAUUGUAGGAUUUUUAAUGAAUUUAUUUGCAAAUUAUGGUGGAAGGAGGAACCAGAAUGAUCUAAGUUAGAGAGAGAGGUGAAACAGAAGGGAACAAUUAGUCUGUUCUUUAGAAGUUCAGUUCCUUGUUUAUAUGUUGACUGUCAUCGUCUUUCCUUCACACAACUAGAACCACAACUUGCUGACAAACUGAGAACCAUCCUUGAUAAUGUAGCCCUUGAAAUGAUGUAGACAGUUAAAUAAUGAUAAUUUCUCGACAAAACAAUAAUCCUAAUGUAGGUUUAUUUUUUUAUGGGCUAAUUAUUCCUCAACCUGCUCAAUUGAUCCCAUCCCCACAAUGUUUCUAAUUGUUUGUUUGUUAAACGAUGUCUUAGAAAUUGUAUAUUGCUCUGUAUUUUAUCACCUUUACCUGGUUGCAAUCUGGUUAGUUGACAUUCAUGGGGGGGGGGGAUUUCGACAAGGCCAUUUUCUUGCCUGACGAACCUCCCCCCCUUUCUAAUUUCCUUAAUUUUGUGGAUAGAGUCAAAUACUUUCUGUGGCAUUUGAUAGGGAAGCUGAAAGGUCAAAUAUACUGUUAGGCUUUCUACUGCCAAGUUUACACCUUCACUAUUGCACUGAAAUGUUUUGAUCGGGAAGUUGUCUAAAUGGGUUAUCAUUUUUUGUUAGUGAGUGAAGGAAAAGCAGCCAACAAGUGCUCAGCGUAUGUGGAAACUCCUUCAAGACUGUUGGAAAAGCAUUCCUCAUGAAGCUGGUUGAGGGAAUGCCAAGAGUAGGUGUGCAAAGCUGUCAUCAAGGCAAAGGGUUGCUACUUUGAAGAAUCUCAAAUAUAAAAUACAUUUUAUAUUUAACACUUUUUUGGUUACUACAUGAUUCCAUAUUUUUUAUUUCAUAGUUUUGAUGUCUUCACUAUUAUUCUACAAUGUAGAAAAUAGUACAAAUAAAGAAACCCUGGAAUGAGUAGGUGUGUCCAAACCUUUGACUGGUCCUGUAUAUGACAUGAGCUUCAGAGAUGGUGACUGUUACAUUUAGGAACUGUCAUCAUAAUUGUAUUGCUGUAGUAGUAGUAGUGUUGUUGAUUUAAUUGAAUUAUGAUACAAUUGAUUAUUUAACCAUAGUAGAUCACCAUCUUUUAAUCCACAGCCUCACCAACAGAAGUGAAGUCUGCAGGUAACUGGUCUCAUCAAACCUUAUACUUUGGGGCGGCAGGUAACCUAGUGGUUAGAGGGUUGGACUAGUAACCGAAAGGUUACAUGAUCGAAUCCCCGAGCUGACAAGGUACAAAUCUGUCGUUCAAGGCAGUUAACCCACUGUUCCUAGGCUGUCAUUGAAAAUGAGAACUUGUUCUUAUUAACUGACUUGCCUGGUUAAAUAAAAGGUUCAAUUUAAAAUAAAAU